CUGGAAACGUUUGUUUGUAGUACGUCCCUAUCCGCCAGUCCACGCUGCUCGAGCUGUCACCAUACUGUCAAGAGGUGAAUCAGGUGGGAGCUUGAUCUUACAAUGCUCAGGAUAAGAUGGGAGCUGCUGCUAAUGGCCUUCAUAUGCUGGCAGAGAGGAAACACAGAUAAUCAUGACGCUAAGCAGAGCCUUGGGCACGUGACUGUGGUUGUUGUGGGUGGAACGGGUGACUUGGCAAGGAAGUACCUGUGGCAAGGCUUUUUCCAGCUCUAUGCUGACCAGGUGGGCAAAGGACACAGCUUCUCAUUUUACGGUGGAGGUCUUUCGCCAGCCGAGAAGGGGACACCAGUGCUGUUUGGCAUCUUGAAGGAGCUGGCUUGCCCUCCAGAGCUCACUGCAGAGCGCUGUGCUUUGGUCAAAGAGCAGUUCCUUCAUCUGUCCCGCUAUCACCAGCUGAAGACAGCAGAGGACUAUGAAAAGCUCUGCCAGCAGAUCAAACAGCAGGUAGGACAGGAGAGUAUGACAGAAGCAGGGAGGCUCUUCUACUUGUCUGUUCCCGCAUUUGCAUAUGCAGAAAUUGCAGAGAGGAUCAACAACACCUGCCGCCCCCCAUCUGACGCAUGGCUGAGGGUGGUACUGGAAAAACCAUUUGGACAUGACUUUGCUAGUGCCCAGUUGCUUGACAAAAAACUGUCAGGCCAGCUGAAAGAAGAGGAGAUGUACAGGAUUGACCAUUAUUUAGGAAAGCAGGUUGUCUCUAAAAUCUUACCAUUUAGAAAGGAGAACAAGAAGCUUCUGGAUCCUAUCUGGAACAAGCACCAUAUUGAAAGAAUAGAAAUUGUGUUGAAGGAAACCCUGGAUGCCAAAGGGCGGAUUCAGUUUUAUGACCAAUAUGGUGUCAUUAGAGAUGUGCUUCAAAACCACCUCACGGAGGUCAUGACCCUUAUGUUAAUGAACCUUCCUGCAAAUCUUUCCAACAGCAAAGAGAUAUUGUUAAACAAGCUUAAUUUAUUGGCCUCCCUUCAGCACAUAGACAACAGUAAUGCAGUUGUAGGUCAGUACCAAGCUUACAACGGAGAGGUUCAGCAAGAGCUCAACAAAACGAAGGACUACUUCAGCUUAACCCCAACAUUUGCUGGUGUGGUUAUUCAUGUUGACAACGCACAAUACGAGGGCAUCCCCAUAUUUAUGACCUCAGGCAAGGCUCUCGAUGAACGGGUCAGUUAUGCACGUGUCCUUUUCAAAAGUGACGUGUUUUGCGUCCAGGAUCCCAACAAUGUUCAGUGCAAAUCCAAACAGAUCAUAUUUUAUCUGGGACAUGGCAACCUCCAAUACCCUGCCAUUCUUGUGAGCAAGAACCUGCUCAAACCUGAGAUAGUGAGCAGCGGUGACUGGAAGGAAGUCACUGAAUACAAAGAAGUGAACCUACUGGGUUUACCACUUAGUGAUUAUUACAUCCAGUCACCAGUUGCACUCAGAGAGGCUUAUGGUGAGCUGAUCUCACACGUCUUCUUCGGACGCAAGGAUAGCUUUAUCAGUGCCGAAGGACUUCUUGCUUCCUGGGCGUUUUGGACACCCCUCCUUGAAAGCCUGUCUCACGUCUAUCCACGGAUUUAUCCUGGUGGUGUGAGCAAUGGAAACCUGCUAAAUUUUCAGCUACGGGGUCAUCAGAUUGCUUUCAGCCAUGAAGCUGUGGUCAAUGUUAUCAACCGUGGAGCUGAGGAGAACUUCCAGGUGAUGCAAGGGAAGUACCGUAGUUCUGAAAUGAUUUCUGCCUGGGCGCAGGAACUGGUGGAGCGCUUGGCUUCUGAUCUUCUCCUGGCUGCCGAGGAGGCCAUUCGCAAAGAAGGUCAGUUUCAUCUGGCAUUGUCUGGUGGCUCCAGCCCGGUGGCACUACUCCGUGCACUAGCCCUCAGCCUUUACACUUUUCCAUGGCGCAACACCCACAUAUGGCAAGUGGACGAGAGAUGUGUGCCACAUACAGAGUCAGGUUCCAACUUCCGGUCCAUUCAUGAUCUCCUGCUUCAACAUGUCCGCAUACCUUACUUCAACAUCCAUCCUAUGCCAGUGCAUCUCACACAGCGGUUAUGUGUGGAAGAGGAUGGUGGUGCUACAUUAUAUGAGAAGGAAAUCCAGAAGCAUGUCAAUGCCUCUAGCUUCCAUUACAUUCUGCUAGGUGUAGGCCAGGAUGGCCAUACUGCUUCUUUAUUCCAGGACACCAAAUUGGAAAGCGAUGGAGAACGGUUGGUAACCCUGACAGAAAGCCCCAUUAAACCUCAUCAGAGGAUGAGUCUGACAUUCACAGCCAUUAAUAAGGCUCGAAGGGUCGGUGUUUUAAUAAUGGGGAAGAGCAAGCAUGAACUUGUUAGUCAGCUUAGUCGAAUUAAGGGUGAAUCAUCCAAGUACCCCAUUACCAAAGUACAGCCAAAUAAUGGGAGUCUUAUAUGGUACAUUGACUAUGAUGCAUUGCUAGGAUAAAAGUCCAGUAUAGAUUGGUCAGUGAAGCUACCCAUAAGGGCUUAUAGCUGAAAUUGAAUGCUGUAUAGCGAAUGACUGCAGUAUCAUUUAAAGUUCCAUUUAUGCACCAAAUGAGGUGUGAUUUGUCUGAGAGUUAUUUUAAUGCUGUGAAAGGAACUUUGUAAUUUGAUUGAUGGAUUAAGGAAUGAAUGCAUUUAAAUGAUAGAAUUAUACAAAAAGGUUACUAUUUCAAAUCUCAGGAACUUCGUUAGGUUAAUGUAAUUAGUCAUUUUGUGUGAUAAUUUUCACUUUUGCUAACAUUCUUCACAAGAUAAUUCAGUUUAGAAGGCAGUUAUUAGGACAUGUAUGAAAAUGUCAUUCCAAACCAAGCACUUUUUCACAUUUGAGACCAAACGGUGAUAAGAGAAAACAUAUUGGAAUGCUCUGCAAUUUGACUUUUCCCCCAAGUGUAACUACACAUACUCCAGUUAAUUUACACACUGUCAGGUUAAAAUAGCUUCCUUUUUAUCAUAUUUGGUUUCUUUCCCUUGUUAUUCAAGGAUUUAGUGAUAAAUAAUUUUAGACCUCAGGUUAAAUACUCAUAAAAACAGGAUCACAAAACAUGCCUAAGAUGCCAUUUCUAAUGUUUUAGGACAGAACAAAGGUUAAUGUACUGUUUCUUUAGACUGAAUUUAGUUACUGUUGUUAACCUUACUUGAUAAAUCAUUCCAUAACUACACUGUUGACAGAGUGUAUUACUGUCAAAAAUGUUUGUCAUUCCUCCUUAAACAAAGGUUUAUUAUGUGUCAAGCAAUUCAGAUGGCACAACGCCUUACAUUGGUUUCAUAUCUUAACAUGAAUGACUUUCUAAAGAUGCUGUUUAAAUUUAAGAAGCAUUUUUCAUGAUUUUUGAGACACUGCAAGACUUUUAUGGACAGCUGGGCAGUAUUGUCAUAGCCCAUGGUUCUCAGACUCGAUUCCUGGGGGGCCACAGCUCUGCACAGUUUUGCUCCAACCCUAAUCAAACACAGCUGAUCUAACUAAUCAAGGUGUUCAGAACUACUGGAGAUUAAUAAGCAGGUGUAAGUUGGAGGUGGUUGGAGCUAAAAUGUGCAAAGCUGCGGCCCUCUAGGAAUUGAGUUUAAGACCAGUGUCAUAGCCAGUGGUUUGCCAAACAUUGUGUAGUGAAUCAAAACAACAUUACAUUCCACAUGAAUCUAAUAAGCUAAUUUGUAAAAACAUUUAUGAAACUUUCAAAUAAAUGGUUUGGGUUUUAAAAUCAUAAACUAAAUUCUGUUUUAAAUUGAUUCAUGUUUUUUGUAAAGUGCCUUUAAAUAAUGUGUAACAUCGUACCAACCCUACUGUGUGUAUUCCAAGUAAGUAUGUGCCUUGCUGAGAGGUUUAAAACGUGAACUGACACUUCUAAAUGAAGUGUAUUGCCAUAGAUAUUUACAUUAGAUGUCGCCUACCCAGUUGUUGUUUAUUGUAAAGAAUGUGUCAAUAGAGCCGCCAUUUUAGUACAGGGUAGCACUCCUUUGAAAUAAAUGUGGGACCAAGGUGCAGUGGAGGACUGGCCACCCAGAGCUAGAGAUAUAUGGACAUAUAUACAUGUAUCUAUGAUUGGGUUUUCCCAGUGGUCGGUAUGCAAAUAUUUUUUUAAAUCACGAAAAUUAUAAUUUUACAUCACUUUUCUACAUUGAUGAAUAAGUGACCGCACGGGCAUUGUAUUAUCCUCCCUUUCUGUUAAAUUUGAUCUAAUCCGUGUACUGAAACGCACCCCCUCUCCCGCUUUCACUUCUCAUUCUAACAGAGGGAGCGAUUCGUUUGUGAAUGAAUCUCCGUUAUGAACGACUUGUUUACUUAGCCCACAACAAUACAAGUUUCUGGCACUGCAGCAUCUUGUUAUCAUAUUUCAUUUACAUUGUUUGGUUAUUUUAUUAACCAAAACUAGCAUAAGACUUGAAUUUAGUGCGAGUUGGUGCUACUUUGCCUUAUGAUCAGUGCAGUAAGUGACUGUAUCAUCAUCAAUACCAUUACUUGUUAAGAACAAAAGUUCCUAACAUAUAAAAACGAAAUCUUACCUAUGAAAUGUUAUGCCUUUAUGCUUUGUUUUAUUGUGUUUGCUCAUUACUACACCUGUACACAGCCCUAAAGUCAAGCAUCUUCACAUUAGCUUUAGUCUUGACUAAUGCGGUUGAAUGACAUCUGUGCUGGAAGCACUGUGCAAAUGUGGCGGCGCUAUUGACAUGCUCAGGGUCCGUAUGCAAUAUCUAGUGUAUAUAUCUAUGGUGUAUUGCUUUUCCAUUAUAUGUUUGAAGGAACUUUUGUUACGGUAUUCACUUGUAUUACAUGCCAUCAUACACAACUGUAUUACACAGCAUCAAACACAUCAUUUCAUAUUUUGCAGUGGUUUUACUACAUAGCAAUAAAAUAUAUUUUUGAA